AAAAAAAUCCUUAUAUAACACUCCAUUUCCUCACCAUUUCUUUCUCUCACUUCACAAAACUCACUUUCCUUUUCUCUCUCUAAUAAAGCUUUGUAUGAUUUCUGCAAAAUCCCUAAAUUUAGGCUCGAUUUCUCUCUGUGAUUUUUGAUCGGAAAAUUUAGAAGAAGUUUUGUUUCUUCGCCGGAGAUGGACAAUAACAACAACCAGUUUCUUCAGUUCAGCGAUCAGCUUCGCCACCAGGCUUCGAGCCUCGCGAAUCUCUCUCUCAACGACUCGAUCUGGGGCAGCUCUUACGCGACGAAACGCCCCUACGAGAGGAGGAAUUUCGACAUUAGAGUCGGCGGCGGCGUCAACUGUCCGGCGAGUAACAAUCUGAGCCCUAACAAUGGCGUCGGCGGCGGCGUCGGCGGCGAUCUCUUCAACGAUGGCUGGAACAGCUUCAAGCCCGGUGGCUCCGACUUCAAUUCGUUCAAGGAUAGCUGGAGCAGCUUAAAGCCGAAAGCCUCCGACUUUAACUCGUUCAACGAUUGGAAGAGUCCUGGAGACGCUAGCCUUGGGGUUAAUGGCGGAUUCAACAAGGGAAUUUACUCCAAAUCUCUGAAUAAUCAUAACAUUAACAACGAUUUUAGCCUCAAGAGUCACAAGAAAGGUGGGAAGAACGAGGAUGUUCAUGGAGGUAAGAGUGGGAAGAAGAACGGCAAUGGAAACAAGAAGAGUAAUGGGGAGAGUAACAAUGAUAAUAAGGAGAGUAGGAGUGCUUCUGAAAAGAGGUUCAAGACGCUUCCGCCGUCGGAAUCGCUGCCUAGAAACGAGACCGUUGGUGGGUACAUCUUUGUCUGCAACAACGACACCAUGCAAGAGAAUCUCAAGAGACAACUUUUUGGUUUACCUCCUCGUUACCGAGAUUCAGUCAGGGCAAUAACUCCAGGCUUGCCCCUUUUCCUCUACAACUACUCCACCCACCAACUCCAUGGAAUUUUUGAGGCUGCGAGUUUUGGAGGGAGUAACAUAGACCCUAUGGCUUGGGAGGACAAGAAAUGCCCUGGUGAAUCACGUUUUCCUGCUCAGGUGCGAGUUGUCACUAGGAAAAUUUGUGAACCACUUGAGGAGGACUCUUUCAGGCCAAUUCUUCACCAUUAUGAUGGACCUAAAUUCCGCCUUGAGCUAAACGUGCCAGAGGCACUCUCUCUGUUGGAUAUAUUUGCAGAACAAGACGCUUGAACAGCAAUAUACUAUACAGAAAAAACAGAUACGAAUAUAAGAUAGAGAGGAAAGAAAGAAAGAUAUUAAAGAGUUGAGCAAAAACUAGAGCAAGAUAGUAGUGGAUUGGCACUAGUGUAUGAGAAAUACAUAGAAAACGUUUGGAGAGGAGGGUAUUUCUAAGGGUGGUAAAUAUGCACCCUGUGUGAUGUAAAAUCUUCUUGUAGAGGCUUAUUAUGGGUGGCCUUUUUGCUGUUCUACAGUUAUGUAUAAAUAAGUAUAAAUGAUAAAAGACGAAAAAACUCAUAUUUACAAUAAUAUGUAUUUGGUCAUUGGGAAUGCACCGAAGUUUGGAAAUUGGA